UAGUUCAGAACUAUUUUUCAAUGGAAAUUAGCUGAAAUAAUCCUAAUAGCCUGAAGAAGUUAUUAACAGACAAAUCAUUUUAUUUAAACUGCUGGUUAAAAGUUAUAAAACACCAGAAGACAAAAUCUUAAUGGAAGGUACUGCGAAAAAGUUACUAAUAGAUUCGACGUGCAAAUAUGACGUUUCUUUAUGUGACAAAAAAUGCGAAAAUCACAAUGUCAGGAUAUUCAGAUUCAAAUUUCCCGAGGAAAAUAUGAUUCUAGGUCAUGAAUGCAGUAAUCACUGUAUAUUGCAUUCCAAAGUCGGAGAGGAAUAUCUAUCGAGACCUUUCACCCCUAUAUCUUUAGUUAACACCAAAGGAUACGUCGAGUUUAUGAUUAAGAUAUAUUUUCGAAAUGUCCAUCCUAAAUUCCCUGCGGGAGGGAAGUUUACCCAACACUUGGAGAGUCUAAAAAUAGGUGACGUUGUACAAAUUUCUGGUCCGCAUGGAAAAGUUGCUUACAAAGGGAAAGGAAAAUUUAUGAUUAAAUCAAAAAAUGAAACUUCCUCAAUAAUGGAUGUAAAAAAAUUAGGAUUAAUCGCUGGUGGGGUAGGUAUUACUCCGGCCCUGCAGAUAUUACGAACAAUAAUUAACGAUCCUGGAGAUAAAAUUAAUUGUUCAUUCAUAUACGCAUCUUCGGAAAAACGAGAUAUUUUACGAAACGAAGAAUUCGAAGAAAUGACGAAAAAACUUUGCGGCCGAUUAAAAAUUUGGCAUACCUUAGAAAAACCCGGUCCAGAUUGGCCAUUUGGUACCGGUUUAAUAAACAAGCAGAUGAUUCAGGAACAUCUUUUUCCUCCUGGUGAAAAUAAUUUGAAUUUAAUAUCUGGUCCUUGGCCCAUGUUGGAACAAGUAAUAAAAUCCCUUACGGAACUUGGCUAUUGCCAAGGAACAUACAGUUUGUAUUUCUAAUUUAUAAUUAAAGAACUCGAAAAUUA